AUGGAAGAGGGAGAUGAUGAAGAAGCACUAGGUUCUGUAGCAAAAAUUCUGUGGCUAUCUGAGAAAAGAAGAGAGGUUGAUAGGAGGAUCCAAUCAGAAAAGAUUCAGCAUAUACAAAGUCAAUAUGGGUUCUUGAAGUUUGAAAACCAAUAA